AUGUCCUCCAGAGCCGAAGCCACCGAAAAACUUAACGUUGGCAUCCUGAUCUUUGAGAAUGUCGAAGUGUUGGACUUCACCGGCCCGUUCGAGGUCUUUUCUCGAACUCGGACAGAGCCAGGUUCAGCCUCUCGGCGCACUGAAGAUUCUGCCCCCUUUCGAGUGUUUACUGUCGCCAAGGCUGCAUCUACCACGCCAAUCCUGGCAACAGGAGGCCUAAAAGUCUUGGCUGAUUUUAGUUUUGAAGAUGUGCCCAACAUUGAUGUCUUGGUUGUUCCUGGUGGCUUUGGUACCCGUCCGUUGGUUGAGGAUGAUACAACGAUCACGUGGAUUCAAAAAAUGGCGCACACUGCCAAGCUGGUUACGUCUGUUUGCACGGGCGCCCUGCUGCUGGCAAAAGCUGGACUAUUGGACGGUCGAAGAGCCACAACGCAUUGGGCAGCUCUGGAGCUGCUCCAACAAUCGUACCCAAAAGUCGAAGUUGAGAAGACGCUGCGUUGGGUCGAUGACGAGAUCAUUUCGUCCGCUGGUGUCGCGGCGGGCAUAGACAUGGCCUUUCAUGUGGUGGAGUCUCUUUGUGGGAAAGAUGUAGCAGAUGAGACUGCCCAUUACAUCGAAUACCCACGCCAUCUGGCGACCGAUCCUAGAAGUUCGACGUGA